GUUCCAGAGGCCUUUUGCUGUCCUGCACUACGCGAGCGCACAGCUCCGGGUAAUCCAGGCAAACCGCCCGCAGCAACCAGCGAAGGCCUCGGCAGCCGCCUCACUUCCGGUAUCUCCCCGUGUGCCUCGCGCUGCGACAGCUGUUGCCCUGACAGCGGAGCAGAAGACCUGAACAACCGCCCCAAAAAGCGGCGGGGCAAGCGGCACCAGUAUGCCGAUACGACACCACCCUGACGUCAAGCUACCGGACACGGCGACUCCACGGCGGGACCAAACCUCUGCGUGUCACCACCAUCAUUUCUCGUUUCUGUCACCCUGAAGUCCGACGUCGCAACAGCAGCGCGGAUAUCGCUGCAGAAGGCGGGGUGGUUGUUUUUUUCCCCCGAGGAGCGUUCAACCGGACGGUUACGCCACGUAACGUUAAGUGAAUAUACGAGAGACCCCCCCCCCAAACUCACCUAAAAACAAAACAAGGUCUGUUUGUUGAGUUAAAGGCGAUGUGAAAACAGCGAUGAUCAACUCCGGGGGAAGUUGGGAGAGACGGCGAAGCACGCGACGUAUUUACAACAAGACCAAAAAAAAGUGAUUUUUUUUUUCUUUUCUUUUUUUUUAAGCCGCAAGUUGCUACGAGCUGCUUCGGCGACGUUUCUCGCGUGUCCACUAUGCACGGGGUGACCGUGGAGGAGCCGGAGGGGGAGCUCUCCGACGUGGACCCGCGCGGCUCGGUCACGCUGGCGGUGAACCGCAGCCGGAUCCGGCCCCCCUUCAGCGUGCUGCUGGCCACCGCGCUCUACUGCGCGGAGUUCGUCGCCGCCGCGGUGCUGUGCAGCCUGUACCGCAAGACCGACGACGUCAUCUGGCUGGGAUUCACCGUCGCCUUCAUGCUGCUGCCCGCGCUGCUCAUCCAGCUGGCGCUGACGUUCAUCCACAGGGACCUGGGUCGGGACCGGCCCAUGGUCCUCUUCCUGCACCUGCUGCUGCUGGGGCCCGUCAUCAGGUGUUUUGAGGCUCUGGUGAUUUUCAUCAAGGCGGGUAAAAUAGAGAACGAGCCUUAUGUCACCAUCUCCAGGCAGAAGAGUCUGAAGAAGGGCCAGGAAGGGCUGAUGGAGUGGGAGAUCGGCCGAUCGGAGCGCAACCUGGCCACGCACAGGGACGCCUUCAAACGCACCGCCGUCAUCCAGGCCUUUCUGGGCUCCGCGCCUCAGCUGACGCUGCAGCUGUACGCCAGCAUCCAAGAGAAAUACUUACUCCCUGCCAGAUUGGCUGUGAUGAUCAUCACCCUGAUCUCCAUCACAUACGGGGCUCUCGUGUGCAGCACGCUGGCCAUCCAGAUCAGAUAUGACGACUACAAAGUGCGCAUGCGCCCCAUGGCCUACCUGUGCAUGAUUGUGUGGAGGGGCUUGGAGAUCGCCACCCGGAUCACCACCCUGGUCCUCUUCAGCACGGCGCUCACCUACUGGGUGAUCCUGGUCGGCAUGGUCAACCUGCUCUUCUUCUUCUUCCUCCCCUGGGCCGAGUUCUGGGCCAGGAAAGGCUCGCUGACGCAGGACGUGGAGAAGAACUUCUCCAAGCUGGGCACCACGGUGGUGCUGUCCAUGUUCACGCUGCUCUACGCCUGCAUCAACGUGUUCUGCUGGUCGGCGGUGCAGCUGGACUUCUCCCACCGGGAGCUCAUCGAGAGGAAGCAGCAAUGGGGCCGCCUGGCCGCGUACUACGCGGCGCGCUUCCUGGAGAACUUCCUCCUCAUCGGGCUCUGGUACCUCUUCAAGUCGGACUUCUACGAGUACGUGUGCGCGCCGCUGCUGGCCGUCCAGCUGCUGAUCCUCUACGGCCUGGCGCUGCUCUUCAUGCUGCUCUUCUACCAGUUCUGCCACCCCUGCAGGCGCCUCUUCAAGUACAACGUGCACGACUGCCUGCACUGCUUCUGCUGCCGCCCCGGCCGCGGGGCAGCGAGCCGCAGCCGGGGGAAGCUGCCGCACUCUUACUCCACCGCGGCCACCAUGGUGCUGAUGCCGGAGGAGCCGCUGGAGCUGCUGGGCCCCCGGCACUCGCAACCCGUCGGCUCGCGGGGAGAGAGGGAGAUGGACGUUGUUGACAUGACGGAGGCAGCAUGAGCAAGGCUUUGUUCUCUGAUGUAGAAAGGCCGCUCGGCUGGCGCCGCACCAACGGAGAGACACCCCGAGUACUUUACCACAAAACACACGUUUUCUUUGAGACGAGGACGUAAUAAACUAUUUCUCUGGAGUGCACGUAGUUCAGUUACAUCUGUGUGGUUGUGAGAGAGAAUCGGGUUCCCUCCUGAACACGCACACUUGGGGGGGGCACAGCGAGGGCCCCCCCCCGGCACCGCAAAGAAUGUAACGCGCCGAGAUGCGCAGCGAUGCACAAAGGCCGCCUUGAGAGAGCAGCAGUGGGCCACGAACGGGACCGAGCCAGGUGUGCGGGAACCAUGCCAGGACUGACCGGGGCAGCCCCCCCCCCUCCCUGGUUCCCGUCCUCUCAGGGAACUCGACCCUUUGCACACGUUGACAGCGCAGGUCGACAAGAGAACACGCAAACGCGCGGCGGUAAAUGUCUGGUAUUGUUCACCGCUGUCUGGUGGCCUUCAUGCAUGAAAAACAACAGGUUUUUAGUUUUUUCCUAAAUGAUUUGUGAAAACAUUCAGCGUGUGUCGUUAACUUCCCAGUUGAUGAUGCGUUCACUUGUAGUUUAAGUGCUUUGAAAGUUGCCUCAUUUUUUUUUUUAACCCCGACCCUUCAGUGCCUUGACUACUAUUGUUUUACCUGAGACCUAAAUAAAAAUAAUCUGAUGUUGACAUUUCAAA